CACAGUUCUUCACAACUGCAUCCCCCAGACCCGCAGAGCGAAGCUACUGCGUUUUGUCCUCACCUCAGCCCGGUGGGGUGAAGCAAAGCCGGUGUGCAUCAGGGAGAGCCCGGUGCCUGCGCUGCCUCCUCGGGUCCCCAGCCCAGCAGACCGCUCACCCCAUCGGCUGGGAUGCUUGCCGAUUCCUCUGCAAACUUCUAAGGCUGAGACCCAGAGGGAGCCCGCUGGAGAAUGCCAUCGGAACGCUGCCUCAGUGUUCAAGAAAUGCUGACAGGCCAGAGGCUCUGCCACUCGGAAUCUCACAACCAUAGCGUCCUGGCAGCGCUGAAUCAGCAGAGAAGCGACGGCAUCCUCUGCGACGUCACCCUGAUUGCCGAGGAGCAGAAAUUCCCCGCUCACAAGGCCGUCCUGGCAGCGUGCAGCGACUAUUUCCGGGCUAUGUUCAGUCUUUGUAUGGUGGAAAGUGGAGCUGACGAGGUGAAUUUGCACGGUGUGACCAGCCUGGGCUUAAAGCAGGCCCUGGAGUUUGCAUACACAGGACAGAUUUUGUUGGAGCCGGGCGUGAUCCAGGAUGUGCUAGCAGCUGGCAGUCACCUACAGCUGUUGGAGCUCCUCAGUUUGUGUUCCCACUAUCUCAUCCAGGAAUUAAAUAGCUUUAAUUACUUGGAUCUGUACAGACUUGCUGACCUCUUUAACCUCACGUUGCUGGAGAAGGCCGUGAUCGAUUUCUUAGUGAAACAUCUCUCUGAACUCCUGAAGAGUCGCCCUGAAGACAUUCUAACGCUUCCUUAUUGUCUACUUCAGGAGGUCCUGAAGAGCGACCGCCUCACCUCCUUGAGCGAAGAGCAGAUCUGGCAGCUGGCCGUGAGGUGGGUGGAGCGCAACUGCCAUCAGCAGCACAUGGACGAGCUCCUGCAGCACAUCCGCUUCGGCCUCAUGGACGUGGCUACUCUCCACACAGUCGCGCUGUCCCACCCCCUGGUCCAGGCGAGCGAGGCCGCAACAGCCCUCGUCCAGGAGGCCCUGGAAUACCACCAGAGCAUCUACGCGCAGCCCGUGUGGCAGACCCGCAGGACCAAGCCGCGGUUCCAGUCGGACACGCUGUACGUCAUCGGUGGGAAGAAGCGGGAGGUCUGUAAAGUCAAGGAGCUUCGCUACUUCAACCCCGUGGAUCAGGAGAACGCGCUCAUCGCGGCCGUCGCCAACUGGAGCGAGCUGGCCCCCAUGCCCGUGGGCCGGAGCCACCACUGCGUGGCAGUCAUGGGGGACUUCCUGUUCGUGGCGGGCGGGGAGGUGGAGCACGCCCGGGGCCGGACCUGCGCCGUGCGGACCGCGUGCCGCUACGACCCCCGCAGCGACUCCUGGGCCGAGAUCGCGCCCAUGAAAAACUGCCGCGAGCAUUUCGUGCUGGGGGCCAUGGAUGAAUACCUGUACGCGGUCGGGGGCCGAAACGAGCUGCGCCAGGUGCUGCCCACCGUGGAGCGAUAUUGCCCCAAGAAGAACAAAUGGACUUUCGUGCAGUCCUUCGACCGGUCCCUCUCCUGCCAUGCCGGCUACGUGGCUGACGGCCUUCUUUGGAUAUCAGGUGGAGUAACUAACACGGCACAGUAUCAGAGCAGACUAAUGGUAUAUGAACCUAACCAGAAUAAGUGGGUAAGCCGCAGCCCCAUGCUGCAGAGAAGGGUCUACCAUUCCAUGGCGGCCGUCCACAGGAAGCUUUAUGUUCUUGGAGGCAAUGACCUAGACUACAACAAUGACCGGAUCCUUGUGCGGCAUAUAGAUUCUUACAAUAUAGACACUGACCAGUGGACGCGCUGUCAUUUCAAUCUGUUGACUGGCCAAAAUGAAUCUGGAGUUGCUGUCCAUAAUGAGAGAAUAUAUUUAGUUGGUGGAUAUUCGAUUUGGACAAAUGAGCCUCUGGCUUGUAUCCAGGACGUGCUGCCAUCCAGACACCUCCUUCUACCAAAUACCUUCUUUUUGCCAGUUACAUGAAAUUUUGGAGCAAAACUGCCAAUGCUUCCUUUACCCUUUUCACAAAUUACAUCUGUUUCACAUACGCAGUCUCUUAGUCCAGGGAACCACAGAAAAACUCUCUGGAUGAUGACCUCAACUGGUAUUUCGUCUUCUAAGGAUGUCAUCAGUUGGGGCUGAAUAGUAUGAAUAGCAUGAAAUCCACUCACUACCUAUGUGACCUUGAGCAGCAAGUCACUGAACUUUCUCUGUAUCUCAAUUUUCUUUCAGGAAAUUGAAGACCGUAAUUACCUCACAUAACUGAGAUAAAUAUUAAAAGAUCUCUACUUUGUAUAUCUAAUGAAAUACUACUCAAAGCCCCAUACCGAUUUUCCUUUUUCUCACAGGAUGGGGAAAUGAUACUUGUUUGUCUAAUCUAACUCAUUUUAAGUAUCUCAAGGAAAGUAAACAUCUAACAACCAAGAAAUUAUUUUUAGUUUUCUGAAAAAUUUCAUUUUAUAUUGAGGUACUUGCAAUAAAAUGUACAUCUUAAGUGUAAGCUUGAUGGAUUUUGUUCUGAGUGUACAUUCAUGCAACCAACCAUCACCCAGAUCAAGAUAUCAGAUAUUGUGUUUUUGCACCUUAUACCUAUUUCACCCAUUACCCCCAAUCCCCUUUGACAACUACCAGUCUGUGUAUGAUUCUAUUUUUGUUUGCUCAUGUUUUUUACAAUCUGAAUAAAAGUGAAAUCGUGUGGUAUUUGUCUUACUCUGUCUGACCUAUUUCACUUACCAUAAUACCCUCUGGAUCCAUCCAUGUUGUUGCAAAUAGCAAGAUUUCACCUUUUUUGUGGCCGAGUAAUAUUCCAUUGUAUAUUUGUACCACAUCUUAUUUAUCCAUUCAUCUAUUGGUGGACAUCUUGGUUGUCUCCAUGUUUUGGCUAUUGUAAAUAAUGCUGCAACAAACAGGAGUGCAUAUAUCUUUUCAAAUUGGUGAUUUUGUUUUCUUUCCCUAAAUUCUCAGAAGGGAAUUACUGGGCCAUAUACUAAUUCUGAUUUAAGAUUUUUGAGAUACCUCCAUACUGCUUUCCUUAGUGGCUGUAACCAAUUUUCAAUCCCACCAAGCAGUGUACAAGAGUUCCUUUUCUCCACAUCCUUACCAAGAGUUGUUAUUUCUUGUCUUGUUGAUGUAAGUCAUUCUGAUGGGUGGGAAAUGGUAUCUCAUUGUGGUUUUGACUUGCAUCUUCCUGAUGACUAAUGAUGUUGAGCAUAUUCUCAUGUGUCUGUCAGCCAUCUGUAUGUCUUCAUUGGAAUAAUGUCUUUUCAGGUCCUCUGCCCAUUUUAAAAAAUCAGAUUGAUUUUUUGGUGUUCAGUUUUAUGAGUUCUUUAUGUAUUUUGGAUCUUAGCCCCUAAUUAGAUAUAUCAUUUGAAAAUAUACUGUCCCAAAAGUAAGCUGUCUUUUUAUUUUGCUGAUGGUUUCCUUUGCUCUGCUGAAGCUUUUUAGUUUGAUGUAGUCCCACUUGUUUAUUUUGCUUUUGUUUCCCUUGCUGGGGAAUAUAUUCAGAAAAAAAAUACUACUGUUGAUAUAUAAGAGUUUACUGCCUAUUUUUAGGUCUUUAAUCUAUUUCGAGUUUAUUUUUGUGUAUGGUGUAAUACUAAUCCAGUUUCAUUAUUUUGCAUGUAGCAGUCCAGUUUUCCUGUGAGCACCAUUUAUUGACAAGACUGUUUUUCCUCCAUUAUACAUUCUUGCCUCCUUUGUCAUAUA